AUGGCUGGAAAGAACUCCAAGAAUAGCCUUGCUCAAGGUACCAAAAAGACGGAUAAUAAGAAAAGUAGUAGACGGAACUCUAUGGCAAAUGAAAAGGGGUUUGUAAACAAGCUGGACGAAUUCAUUCAGUGGCUAAAUGAAGCCAUGGAAACCACUGAGAAUUGGACUCCCCCCAAAGCAGAGACGGAUGGCCUUAAACUGUACCUGGAGACACACUUGGUAGGCAAAAUUGUUGCUGUCAGUAAUCAAAGGAUUCUAAUGUACUGCUUGCUUGUGGGGAAUAUCAAUUUUAUUUAUCAAAAGUCAUUAUAUGCUAAUGAGUGGCUAAAUGAAGCCAUGGAAACCACUGAGAAUUGGACUCCCCCCAAAGCAGAGACGGAUGGCCUUAAACUGUACCUGGAGACACACUUGAGUUUUAAGUUGAAUGUAGACAGUCAUUGUGCUCUCAAGGAAGCUGUGGAGGAGGAAGGACACCAACUUCUCGAGCUUAUUGCAUCUCACAAAGCAGGACUGAAGGACAUGCUGCGGAUGAUUGCAAGUCAAUGGAAGGAGCUGCAGAGGCAAAUCAAACGGCAACACAGCUGGAUUCUCAGGGCUCUGGAUACCAUCAAAGCUGAGAUCCUGGCUACUGAUGUGUCUGUGCAGGAUGAGGAAGGGACUGGAAGCCCCAAGGUAAGUGGCUUGAAGUCUGCCUUAUUUCCUCUUAUUUCUGUCUUCUUUUGA